AUGUUUGUUGGUAGGGUGUUGCCUGCCUUUUCAAGGGCUGCUACUAGAGGUUAUCAGAUUGUUAGUAGAACCCGCAAAGUUAUUCCUGUUUAUCCACCUGCGGAAGUGAAACCUUCUGCUAAUGUUCUUCAACGCUUAGGCGAAGCAAACUUGAAGGUGCUAGACCCUAGCGGUGCUAAGAGAAAGCUACUAGCGAAGUCUGGGGAACUUCAUUUGAAAGCUGGUUGUAUAGUCCGUGUCGUUUACGAUUCCUCAAAAUGUAACUAUAAUAAUAUCCUUGGUUAUGUCCUAUCCGUGACCCGCAGACAGCUGAUACAAGAUGCCUCUAUAUUGUUAAGAAACUUCCAUUUUAGAACCGCUGUUGAAACCCGGGUACCUAUCUUUUCUCCUCUAGUCGAGAGAAUUGAUAUUAUCAGGAUGCCCGAUGGCAAGAGACGCAGAAAUAAGCAUUACUACAUCAGAAAUACGAAAUUGGACGUCGGCGAUCUAGAGGCAAGCAUGAGAAAGAGGUAG